UGCAACGUUUCUCAAUCCAGGGCCUGGUGGUGUGCUAUCUUUGCUCAUUUGUCUAAAUUAGCCUUGAUUGAGCUGUUACCAGUAAACCCUUCUGGAUUAGCCAUCGCUAGUGAGGUGUCUAUGCAAACACACGGAUAAAGGCCACGUUACAGGUGCUCUUCACCAACUACUGCUCACGUUUUCUGGAAAGACGAGACGAUCCCACUGGUCAACAUGAACAAGCUUCUGGUCAUCACUCUGCUCGUCGGUCUCCUGUCCUUCGGGACCCAGGGAUUCCGCAUGCCAAGGCAGGCUGAGGAGGCUCCGGAGGAGGCCCCUGAGGCGCCAGUCGCCGAGGAGGUGGCCCCCGACGUCCCCGAGGAGGCCCCGGAGGCCCCGGCCCCCGAGGAGGUGGCCCCGGAGGAAGCCGCCGAAAUCGCGCCUGAGCACCACGGACCCGACGCCCCCGAGGCCAGCGAGGAGGCCGGCCCCCUGACCUACGUCACCGACACCAUCCGCAACGUCUGGGACAAGACCGUGGACACCGCCGGCACCUGGAUCGAGACCGUCAAGGGCCUGAAGCUGGAGGAGAAGGCCAAGGCCCUGUAUGAUGAGACCACCAGCGCCAUCCACACCUACGCAGGCAUCCUGCAGGACCAGGCCUACCAUCUCAUCUACCCCUCCCAGUAAACACAGCACCACCCCCCCCCCACUCCCCCCCCCCCGAUAACUCCUGCCCACCAGGCAUGGGGUCCUACCUCAUUCUGUCCCCCCUGCCCCGCCCCCCAACCACAGCCUCCUUCUGACCACGAUCCAACCGAAACCGUGUUGGUGACCCCCCCCCAGCCCCCCCCCCACCGCCACCACCCCCCACCCCCCCUCCCCCGCCCCCAAACCGUUUUCCCGUGACAGAAAGCCGAUAUGCCGCACUAACUCCUCCUCCACAGUUGAAAAAAAACCCCGGAGCAGCACAGCUUUACUGCAGGCCGCCGCCCCUCAGCGAGGCGUGGCGGGGUGGCCCGGGGCAACGCGCGCCUCAGUGAAGCACCGAGUAGCUUGGUCAACAAACCCCAGAUCGCACGCGACGGACAGCCGGAGAGACCACCCGGAAGAGCACAGGACGACGCCCCCCCCCCCCCCUCCCACCACCUCCUGGGCGGGCCGGGGCGACCCUCAACCUUUGCACAAUAGAACACGGCGGGCGUGGCCACUCAGGCCCGCCCUGCCUCGCUGGAAAUAAUGUUAUUUUGGUGUCACUGAUGAUUCCUACGUAAUUAUCCAAGAAACGAAUUGCUGAAAUAAAAAGAGAAAUGCAUUUGUA